GCGACCUUUUUCUCCAAUGGGAAAAGUGGUAGAAAACGAGUAAACAUUCUCGCAAACGACUGGUUCCUCGCUCUUCUAUUUAAUGCCAUCUCCAUCUCCCAUGCCAAGACUUGGACACUUCUCCAACUCCCCUCCAAGUACUCUCAUCCCUCUCCGGCGACCGUUGACUCAUCCAACUCCGGCGAGGCGGCCAGUACCAACGGCGGACAAGUUCGUUACAUGGAUACAGGCGGCGGCGGGGGGCCGGAAGUGCUCACUCUGGACACCUCUGCUCCUAUUUUCCUCUCUUCUUCUUCUCUAACCGCCGGCGCCGCCCACGGUCGUGGAGUCCUGAACCAAAAGCCACCGUCGACGCCGUUGGCCUCCGGCGUCGAGAUGGAUUUCUUCGCCAGCGAGAAGGAGGCAGCAACAACUGCGGCGAGCGAAAAUCAUCACGGUUUCCAGGUUAAGAAGGAAGCCCUCGCCAUUCAGACUGCUCUGCAACUUGGCAACGCGAGAUCGAGUGAUGCGUCCAAUACCGUCGACGAUGGAAUGCCCAAAGAAGAUCAUAACGAGUUGGCGGCCAUCCGAGCUGAGCUUGCACGCAUGAAAGAAGAGAACGAGAAGCUGCGAGAAAUCCUGAGCAAAGUGAGCAACGACUACAAAGCCCUUCAGAUGCAUCUCGCCGCACUCAUGCAGCAACCGCAACAGUUUGCAAAAGACAAGAUGCUCCCCAGGCAGUUCAUGGAUCUGGCUCCGGUUAAUUCGCCGUCGAACUCGUCGACGGCGAGCCCCGGACGCUCUGUCUCGCCGCCGGAAGUAGGAUCUGUAGGUCUGGAUCCCGGCAAAGCUUCGACGUCUAGUGAUCAGCAAGCAUCGCAAGAAGCCACAUUCAGGAAGACUCGUGUUUCUGUUCGGGCUCGAUCGGAAGCUCCGAUGAUCGCUGAUGGAUGCCAAUGGAGGAAGUACGGGCAGAAGAUAGCGAAGGGAAACCCGUGCCCUCGAGCUUACUACCGGUGCACCAUGGCCGCCGGCUGCCCUGUUCGCAAACAAGUGCAAAGGUGCGCGGAGGAUCGAUCGGUGUUGGUAACGACCUACGAAGGCACGCACAACCAUCCCCUGCCGCCGCCGGCGAUGGCCAUGGCGUCGACGACCUCCGCCGCCGCCGCCAUGCUCCUCUCCGGAUCGACGUCGAGCGCCGACGGAAUGAUGCUGGCCAACUACCUCCUCCCCUCUUCGUCGAGCAUGGCCGCCUUAUCGGCCUCCGCGCCGUUCCCCAGCGUCACGCUGGACCUCACUCAGCCUCCGAGUGCUAAUCCCCUGCUGCAGUACCAGUUACGGCCGCCGGCCACCUUCGCGUCGCUCUUCGGCGGCGCCUCCCGCGCGCAAUACCACAGCAACCAGUCGACGUUCUCGGGGCUGCAGGUGUCGCCGGAGACGGUGACGGCGGCCACCGCUGCGAUAACUAGGGACCCUAAAUUCACCGCUGCGCUGACCGCCGCAAUCAAGUCCAUCAUCGGCGGCGGUCAAGAGGCAGCAGCUGGCACCGCCGACCGCGGUGACAGCGGCGGCAACGACGUCAGUGGCGGUCAGAAAUAGCAACGUACAGAUCAAGCCACCGGCAAAUUUCUUUCUUUCUUUCUUUGUUUGUUUGUUUGUUUCUUUCUCGGUUUAAUUUCUUUUGUUUAAUUUCGUGGAGAGAAAAGGACGGAAUACCAAACGCAAACCGUAACCGUGUAAAUUAUGAUAGAUUUGUUGUUACUGUGCGUCGGCGAUGGAAUAAAGACGCAACUGCUGCAUGAAUUGAUGGACAUCUCGAUCUUAAUUGUCGAUCCUUUGACGGUUUGCCUUCUCCAACAGUUUGAAAAAUGGCGGUUGGUGGAUGGAUUUUCAUUGGAUGGAUGGAGACCAAAAUGUUGAUAAGAUACUUAAGUUAAAGUUUGACUUGUUUAUUUUUUAUAAGUUUAAACUGGGUUUAAAUUUAGCUUCAGUUUGAUUCGGUUAAAGCUGGAC